UCACCUAAUCCUCCGAUUGUUGUGCUCGCAUACCGUUUCCUGCACCUGAUUCCAGAUCAAGUGUAAGCCGGAGUAAAUCGAAGUCAAUCCAUCUCCAGAUCUCUUCACUGCGCCAUUCUGAUAGCGCAACUGCUCGGCUGUAUAUGGCAUCAUCUCGACCAUAAUCAUCUUCAUAUAAACCUGCCUGACGCGGCUCAUAGCACCGUCUCUCCAUCAAGAUGUCUCAAAGUUCUACUGCCAGUGCGCCUUCGCCAACUUCUUCACCGCAAGGCGGAGGAGGAGGUGGUGGUGGCCCUACGAGCUCGCCCCUUCUCUUUUUCGUGGCUUUGGGAUUUGGUGUAGUCUUCACCAAUCUAUGGAUCAUUGUCGGCGUGAAAUACUGCUUCCGCUACAACCAACGCAAUCGCCAGGCUCGAGCACUUGCAGAUGGUCAAGAGAUAGAUAUGGGUUCAAUGCCUCGACCUCAUCGCCGGAGACGAGAAAAGAAGCUCAUGUCUAUGGAAGAUGUCAACGAACGAUUUCCUCUUACAAAGUAUAAGACGUGGCGUGCAACACGGGAGCAGGAAGGUCUACCGGCCGCUGGUGGCAUUGCUGGAAGUCGCGCAGGCAGUCUGAAAGACGCUGAAGGUGUUUUGGGUAAGAGCUCGAUGGAAGAGGCGAGGCCGGAAACCGCCAUCGCUCAGGCUCAACAAGAUCACGUCGCCGCUACAGCAGCCGAGAACAAUAAGACAAAGCCGCCCGCAGCAGACGAUUCUGGGAUGAGACAGAUGGAGAACCUGCCUAUGGCUCAGGCCAAGGAGCACUACGCUCCUGGCGCUGUACGAGAUUCUGAUGAUCUAGAAAGAAGUCAGACUGUUGCCAGUAUCACUGCAGACCCCAAGGGCCAACUGCCCCAGCCUACUACCAUAGCAGAUGAUGACGACGAUGACGAUGAAGAUGAUCCAAUCCGCACCGCCGCGCCUCCAGAGAUGCUUGCUGCACCUGGUGAUACUUGUGCCAUCUGCUUAGACACAUUGGAGGAUGACGACGAUGUCCGUGGAUUGACUUGCGGACACGCUUUCCACGCUGCGUGUGUGGAUCCAUGGCUCACUGGGCGUCGUGCGUGUUGCCCUCUAUGUAAGCAUGAUUAUUAUGUACCGAAGCCUCGGCCAGAGGGUGAACGACAACAACAAGAGGAUGGCAAUCAACCCACUCGACGCGCGACUGGCCUCGGUGGAAUUCGCCUGACUCCUCCUGCUCCUACUCGGUACGGUUUCGGACGGAACAGACUGCAUAUCUUUGCAAGCAGUCGUCAUGAUACUCGACCUGAGCACGAGUCUAGAGCCCCUGCACAAACACAAACACAAACACAAACCACCGAACAAGGCACAUCCGGCUGGCGAACGUUUGUACCUUUCAGAUCCCAACGCAGACCAACCACAUCUCCGAAUCCAGUACCUUCGGUUCCUUCUCCACCCCAGCCAGCCCACACAUCUCAGCCCAGCUGGUUCGGGCGGUUCAGGAAUAGGAAUUUGCCGCAAACUUCAGCAGAUGCUGCGAACGGACAAACUGACGUUACUCCAUCCGCUCUGGAAGCUGGACGAGGUUGAAUUGUUUAUUAUGCCGUAAAACGACAAAUCACGACUCCGUCUAAAACGUCAUUGUACUUUUAUGGACAUUCGAGUGUCGAGUCACAUGACUCGAUGUCAGAAAGCCGGCAUAUAUCGCCGUCUGCAACGCUCUGUCCACGGGGCUCGCUCCGC